AUGAUCGCUCAAACUGUCUUCACCGUUGGUAUUAUCGCUGCUGCCUCUGCUGGCUGGGAGCCAAAGACUGGCUCUUGCAACACUGGCUCUAUUCAAUGCUGCAACCUUGAUGAAAAGAAGCAAGUCAGCACCGGCAAGAACGAUGCUCUCAUCUCCACCGGCGACAUUGCAUCCCAAAUCGGUGUACAAUGUGACCAAGUCCCACUCUUGAUCGGAGUUGCUAUCGAGGACGAGUGCAAGAACACCCCAGUCUGUUGCGAGGACUACGACGGCGAGUCUGCAAUCGGUCUUGGCUGUGACGCUCUCCCAAUCAUCUAA